UUUAUCCAUGUGUCUGGUGUUGAUAAUUAUUUUUUGUACGACAAUUAACCUAACCUAAGUUCUUUUAGUUCGCGUAAGGCCGAAGUAGGCACGUGAAAUAUUGUAGUUUUCGUUAAAUAAAUCGGAAAAUCAAAAAUAAGUGAUAAAGACAUGGCAGACGCGGCCGCAAAACCAGAAAAGAAAGUUAAGGUUAAAUCAGCUGAAAAACCAGCAGCUGGAGACAAACCAAAACUUAAAAAGCGACCACACAAACGCCAUGGACGUUUAUAUGCCAAGGCAAUUUUCACUGGUUAUAAACGAGGACUCCGUAAUCAACAUGAAAACACAGCACUUUUAAAAGUUGAAGGAUGUGCUGAAAAGGAAGACAGCAGAUUUUAUGUAGGAAAAAAAUGUGUUUAUGUAUAUAAAGCCAAAAACAAGACAUGCAUUCCUGGCUCAGUUAAACACAAAAAGAGUAAAGUACGUGCUAUUUGGGGAAAAGUCACUCGAUCCCAUGGAUGUACGGGUGCAGUAAGAGCUAAGUUCAAGAGAAAUUUACCAGCAAAAGCUAUGGGACAUCGUAUUCGUAUUAUGUUGUAUCCAUCCAGAAUAUAAGGAAAUUAAAUUAUUCGUUCCAUUUUGGUUGGGACACUCUUAAGUAAUAUUGUUUUCUUAUUGUCUGAUGUAUACAUAAAUUAAUAAUAAAAAAAUUAUAAAA